AUGUUGAGAAAAUAUAUAAUGGUUAAUUGGUAACAGCAGAUCGGAUAUGAAAUGACUUAGUAGAGAGUUCUCAGAUCCACAAUUUCACAAUUAGUAUAUUAAAGUGUAUAUCCAGGAUUGAAAAUCUCAAAGCUAAAAAUAAAAGAUAUUCUUUUAUUACUAAACCACUCAGUUUCGUCUAAGAUACAUUUCCUAUCUGAAGAUAAAGCUUGCAUAUUUAGUUCACUUUUUAUUGAUACUCGGAAAUCAAUUGCUUUUCAUCAAUUAACAAAUAUUUUUGUUUGUAGAAAUAGUUAAUAUUUCAUUUCAAUGAAAAUUAUUUUUGAAUAUCACUUUGAUCUUUUUGAAAUUAGAGGAGGAUUAAGUGGUUUAGCUAGCAGCAAAGCAGCUGUAUAGCUGAGGGAAAAAGUAGGUUUGGCAGAUUUUGUUGUUCCUUCUCCUCAAAGUCAAUCAUGA